GGUUAGUCGGCGGCGCAUGCGCACUAGCACUUUGUGCCAUAUUGGAAUGAGGUCGUGAACGACUAAGGCGGAAAAAAAAGAUACGGCAUCUAAAACCGACUUGGAAAAAACUCCUCAGCGAAGCUGUGAGAUUGAGUUCCAGGAUGAGCGCUGUAGAAGCGCUGGAGUCCGAUGCGGACUCUGGUCAGGAUGUGUCUGAGUUUAACUGGGAUGAUUAUCUGGAGGAGACAGGAGCUCUGUCUGUGCCCCACCAUGCCUUCAAACACAUGGAUCAGGGGCUGCAGACGGGUCUGUCUCCAGGUAUGAAGCUGGAGGUGCCUGUGCGCAGUGAGGGUGAUGGUGCCUAUUGGGUCGCCACCAUCAUCACCACAUGUGGGCAGCUGCUGCUGCUGCGAUACGAGGGCUAUCAGGAUGACCGGCGUGCUGAUUUCUGGUGUGAUAUCAUGACGGCAGACCUGCACCCCAUUGGCUGGAGCCGGCAACAGGGUCGUCCAAUGAGGCCACCAGAGGGUGUGCGGGAGAAGCAUCAGGACUGGGAGGCCUUGCUGGAGAAAGCUCUGUCUCUGUCAGAGUCUUGCAGCGCACCAGCCAGUCUUCUGGAGGGGGCCCAGCGCGGCUGUAAUCCUGUAGACCUGCUAAGUCCAGGCCUUAGCGUGGAGCUGGUGGAUAAGGAGGAUGCAGAAGUGGCCUGGGCUGCGGUUAUUGAAGAUAACGUUGGGGGGCGACUCCGUCUCCGCUACUCUGGCACUGAGGAGCUCCCCGACAACCCUUCAGUCAUCUGGGUGUUCUACCUGAACCCACUGCUUCACUUGCCUGGCUGGGCCAAAGACCAUGGCAGGACCCUUAGACCUCCGUCAGCGCUGCUUCCGUUGCGUACUGAGGAGCAAUGGGAGGAAGUGAGACAGGCCAUUUCCAACCAGCCAAGGGACUCCAACAUCAGUGAAGAGUUCUAUAAGGAUCGGCCGGCUAUCACUCCGCACUGCUUCGCUGAGGGGAUGAAGCUGGAGGCAGUAGAUCCAGCUGCACCUUUCACAAUCAGCCCUGCCACUGUGACUAAGGUGUUUGGUGAUCAGUUCUUCCUGGUGCAGAUGGAUGAUAUGAGAGAGGAAGGGCAGAGAGAAGGAAGUUGUCGGCCUUUUCUUUGUCACAGGGACAGUCCUGGAAUCUUCCCUGCCCAGUGGAGCCUGAAGAAUGGGGUCAAACUCAACCCUCCGCCAGGAUACCAAGGACAGGACUUUGACUGGGCUGACUAUCUGAAACAGUGUGAGGCAGAAGCAGCACCCCAGCACUGCUUUCCCUCUGACCCAUCUGAUCAGUGUUUUAAGGAGUCGAUGAUGCUGGAGGCUGUUAACCCUCUUUGUCCUGAAAACAUUCACGUGGCAACAGUGACCAAAGUCAAGGGACAGCAUAUCUGGAUUCGAUUAGAAGGGCUGAAGCAGCCUGUUCCAGAGAUCAUUGUUCAUAUGGACUCCAUGGAUAUCUUCCCUGUUAGCUGGUGUGAAACUAAUGGCUACCCUCUGCUGCACCCCUGCAAGCCCAAAGUUGAAAAGCAGAAGAAAAUUGCUGUGGUUCAACCUGAAAGGCACAGAGCUCCAUCGAAAGACUCCUCCCCCGAUGCCCUCAAACAGCCUCUCAGCAGCCAGACAGAGAUGAGUCAGGCCAAUGGGAAAUACUGCUGCCCCAAGAUCUACUUCAACCACAGAUGUUUCUCUGGGCCAUACCUCAACAAGGGCCGCAUUGCUGAGCUCCCACAGUGUGUGGGUCCAGGGAACUGCGUCCUUGUGCUGAAGGAGGUCCUGACCCUCCUCAUAAACUCUGCCUACAAGCCCAGUCGUGUGCUCCGCGAGCUGCAGCUGGACCAAGAGGGCCGCUGGCAGGGCCACGGAGAGACGCUCAAAGCCAAGUACAAAGGAAAGAGCUACAGGGCAACUGUAGAGAUUGUUCGCACUGCAGACCGCGUGGCUGAGUUCUGUAGAAAGACAUGCAUUAAGCUGGAGUGCUGCCCCAACCUAUUCGGACCACGCAUGGUUCUGGAGCGCUGCUCGGAGAACUGCUCAGUCCUCACCAAAACUAAAUACACGUAUUACUAUGGGAAGAAAAAGAGUCGCCGUGUGGGGCGACCCCCGGGUGGUCAUUCCAACCUGGAGGGGGGCGUGAAGAAACGAGGGAGGAGGAGAAAGAGGAGGAAGCAGCUCUUUGUUCAUAAAAAGAGACGCUCUUCGGCCUCAGUGGACAACACGCCCGCUGGAUCUCCUCAGGGAAGCGGUGAUGAGGAAGACUUAGAUGAAGAUGACUCUCUGAGUGAGGACACUGGCUCUGAGCUGCAGGACGAGUUGAUGGACGACUCUGAAUACUCGGAAAAGAAGUCACAGCCUCCGACCCCUUCACCUUCUCCUCCCGAAACUCCUCGGCCCAACCGCCGACGCCGCAAAGCUCGCUCUCCCUCGUACUCGGAUGAUGAAAACAGACCUCCUUCACCUAAGAGCCCAUUUGCCGAGGCUCCUCAGAAGUUGUGCUUGGACAGCAGUCCAUUAGAAUGGAGUGUUACAGAUGUGGUGCGUUUCAUCAGGACCACUGACUGUGCUCCACUGGCACGCAUCUUCAUGGACCAGGAAAUUGAUGGUCAGGCUCUGCUCUUACUGAAUCUGCCUACUGUGCAGGAGUGCAUGGACCUGAAACUAGGUCCCGCCAUUAAACUGUGCCACCAUAUUGAAAGGGUCAAACUAGCUUUUUACCAGCAGUUUGCCAGCUGAGAGUGACGUUACUCCUGUGGGCAAGUGGGUAGGGAGGGUAUUUUGGGGGGAGAAUUUAUUUUCCAUUGUGUGUGUUCCUCACCAGGUUGUCAAGAUGCUGGAUGCAAGGCAUCAAAGCUUUCCUUUUCCUUUGAGUUUGGCUAGUUUGUGUGUUAGAAAUAUGCUACUGAAGGGGAUGUUUUGUGUCUUCAACAGGAGAACUUGUGGUGUUUCUCAUAAUAUUCUCUGAUCCGACAGAAUUCGCCUAUAUGCGCUAUAUAUGAGUUUGCUGGAGGUUCUUCUUCUUGGUUCAAUAUUAGGGUUAAACUCAGUCAUAGAAAGUAGUCCCAUCUAUUUCCAUAUUAACUAAGCUCCUCAUUUCUUGAAACCUUUAAUAAUAGUAGAGCGGACGACAAUGCAAGAAUCUUAAGCACAAAGACCAAUUGCCCAUGUACUGUAAGUGGUAUGCAAAAGUGUACAUAGUAGAGUUUGUCUGUACAUAUUGUAAAUAUCAGAUAUUCCUUUUAGUGGGGCUAAAUUGUCCCAGUUCUUGUUUGGUUUUCUACAAAGUUUGAGAAUUACACUGUAAGUAAACAAGAACAUUAUUUUUCAGGCAUGUUUUGUCUGACGUUUGGUAUUGCAGUGGGAUUUUGUAUAGAUGCCAGUAGCACUGUUCUUUCUGUUUGACGAUCACAUGUUCAAACAGAGACAUGUUGCUGAAAAAAAUAUAUAAACAAUAUAUAAAUUUAAUGUAAUAUAGUGGAUAAUGGUGUUCUCGUGAUUGUUGUUGUGGUUAGGAUUCAAGCACAUGAAGGUUCCAGGUUAUUGUAGUCAUGGAAGUAUUGAUAGUCCUGAUUCCAGGGUCUGUCCAAACCUAUAUUAAUAAAAUAUGUAAGUCUAUGAUUGGUUUAAACUUACAUUAAACUUGGGUUACUCAUAUUAACUGUAUGUAGAGUGCUUUCAAGAGGAAGGCAAGAAACCUUAUUUUGAUUUAGCAUCCAUUUCCCUUUUUCAUUCUAAAGGCAUUUGUGCUGAAAUGGUGAAAGUUGUUUUUGUAAGCAUAUUAUAUGUCCUCAUGCCAUGUUCAGUUUUUGUUUGCUCCCAUAUUUUGCCAAUUGGGUCAAAGAACAUUUGAAUUAAUGUUAAUUUUACCUUUUAAAUGUAUAUGUUUGUGAGCUGUUAUUUAAAAGAAAAUAAACUAAAUCUAAUGCCUUGUCUCAUUCAGGAGUGUAAAUAAAAUAAAGAUGGAAGUGUUUGAA